CAAGGCUGCCCACCAAUUGCAAACUGGCGCGCCGGGAAGCGGCAUCCGGGGACGCAGCAGUGAAAAGGUCUUCAUCAUGGCAUCCCUGCUCUCCGGCUCGAGCGCUAUGAACGCGGGGGCAGCUGUAAGUGCCACGGACAAGCGCAAGGAGCAAAUGGCAUCACUCACGCCGCGCCGCGUCGCCAUCAAGUUCUCGCCGCCGACACUCAUCCUCGAGUACGCGCCCUCGUAUGGGCGCUACCUCCACUACAAGGUGCGCAUGGGUCAUCUGAGGCCGUCGACGGACCCGUAUGCGGUGGCGAACCGCUUAUAUCGGGACCACCCGCGCUUUUUUGAUCGAGCGAAGGUCGAGUUCGGCCAGACGCUGAAGCUGGUGCGGAAACUCAUCGACAACGCCGGCGCGGCGUCUCCCAUGGCAUCUCCGGUGGCGCCGUCGCCGCCGCCCGCGCGGGCCGCGCCGCCGCCCGCCUCCUACGGCGACGACUUCGAGGACGACUUCGAGCCCGAGACGCCUGUGGUAGCGGCGCCGGCGCCGGCCGCCGCGCGGGAGGAGGUCGACCUGAACAAGGUCUCGGAGUUCCGACUGAAAGCCGCGAAGCUCGAGAUGGAUGUUGGAUUUUCGCAAUCCCUAAAACGGCCGGGCGACGCGGGCUACGAGUACGACAAGCAAGUCGACUUCGAGCCGGCAGGCGAUAGCGACGGGAGCUGGGACGACUAA